GGUCAAAACUCAUUUCAAAUCACACCAUUGGAAGGAACUCAUCCCUUGUUAAUAUUCAUCAACCCAAAGAGUGGAGGCAAACAAGGUGCAAGGCUUCUGCGAAAAUUCCAGUACCUGUUGAAUCCACGUCAGGUGUAUAACAUGGUCAAAGAUGGACCCCUGGUUGGGUUACAGUUUUUUAAAGAUGUGCCUAACGCCCGUGUGCUUGUGUGUGGAGGAGAUGGAUCCGUAGGCUGGCUCCUGGAUACCAUGGAUAAAGUGAAUUUUGUUCAGCGACCUCCAGUGUGUGUGUUGCCACUGGGAACGGGCAAUGAUCUGGCUCGCUGCUUGUGCUGGGGAGGAGGAUAUGAGGGGGAGAACUUGCUCAAGGUUUUCACAGUGAUUUCCUAUUUCUCCAGGUGGAAGAUUGAGUUUAGCAAACCAGAAGAUUGCGACGAGCAGGAGGGGGAUCCUAUACCAUAUAAUAUUAUCAACAAUUAUUUCUCUAUUGGUGUGGAUGCCUCAAUAUGUCACAGAUUCCAUAUCAUGAGGGAGAAACAUCCAGAGAAGUUCAACAGCAGAAUGAAGAACAAGCUGUGGUACUUUGAGUUCAGCACAUCGGAACAAUUCUUCUCAUCCACUUGUAAAAACCUGCACGAGGACAUUGACAUCAUGUGUGACGGUUGUUCUUUAGACCUGGCCAAUGGUCCAAGUUUGGAAGGCAUCGCCAUCUUGAAUAUCCCUUCUAUUUAUGGCGGCACCAACUUGUGGGGAGAUAACCCCAGCCAGAAGAAGAGAAGAAAGGCCCAGAAAACCAAGAAAGACAAGGAUCGGGAGUUCUCUACCAGCAGCAUGUCAUCGGCUGAGUUAGCUAUUGCUGUUCAGAAUGUGGGUGACUCUAUGAUUGAAGUCGUCGGUUUGGAGAACAUAUUCCAUGUGGGUCAGGUGUAUGCAGGUCUCAGGGCAUCAGGCAAGCGCCUGGCUCAGUGCUCACAAGUGGUUAUUAGGACCCGAAAGAGAGUGCCCAUGCAGAUAGAUGGAGAACCUUGGAUGCAGCCGCCCUGUACGAUCUACAUCAGCCACAAGAACCAGGUUCCCAUGCUCAUGGCACCGCCCUCCAGUAAAAAAUCCAAACUGUUUAAGAUUUUCAAGAAAUAG